CCUCAGCAGCCUAAAGAGGAGCCGACCCCCCUUAAUAUUGGUCCUUCGGCGCCAACAGAGAGCCGCACCGGUGGAAUACCAUAACCCCAAAACCAAGUAUCCCCAGCAAAACCACUCCCCACUGAAAAUCGUAUUUCACCGGCUUACUUACAGAUGGAGAACGGCAACUCUAAUGGCGUCCCGAAACCUGCGCCACGAAGCAACAAUGGUGGCCCGACACUUACACCGCGCAGUAGCAGCAGCAUUCCUGCACCCAAACCGCGAGCUAGCAGCGGUGGUCCAACCCCGGCACCCCGUAUUGUACAAAAACCGCAACCAGAGGCCAUGGUUGUUGAUUCGGUUCCGGACACUCAGCCCGACGACGAAGGAGCGGACUAUCAGCGAUGCCGUUUGUGCGCACGUCAUCAUGCCCUGCGCGUAUGCCACGUAUUUCGCGCAAUGCAGCCAGCGCAACGCUAUCUGAUCGCUCGUGCACACCACUUCUGUACCAACUGUCUUGCGCUGUCACAUCACAGCAGUGAAUGUCCCUCCGCUGGCGUAUGCAAGCUUUGCGCCCAACGCCAUCACACCCUUCUUCACCGCAAGAACACCUCCCAAGCACAUCCACCGCCACGUUCAGCUCCAGCUUCAGCGCCACGCUCAACAUCGGCUCGACGCUCAAUCUCGGCACCAUCCAAAUCCGCAUCCUACCGCUUGCGCCGACCGCCCCGCAAUGGAGUCACCUCCAACGCAUAUCAGCAGCCUCAAAAAUUCCGGCACCCAAAGAAGGUUCGUCAUACCGCACGUAUAGUGCGUAACAUAGCACCUCGGGGCAGGGCGACACGGAGUCUGGUUAAGGAGGCGAUCCGAAAGCUACGGGAGUUGGAGAGUAGUCUAUCCGCUUAACGCGUCUAGGGGCGGCAGGAUAGUUAAACGAGUUAAGAAUGUCGUUUAACACAACGCAAGAAUGCACCUUUCACAAAAUUGAAUUCCUUAAAAUUGUAAUUUGGCACAACGCAAAAGUGCACAAUGUAUGACAUUGAAUUG